AGUAGUAGGUUCCCGUGAUCAACUUCCAAGAAGGUUAUCAGUACACAUAAAUCGUCAUGGGCUACAAACGGGUAUAGUUACCUGCUUGUAUACAUGUACGUGACAGGUCACUCGUCUAGCCGCCAUGAUCAAAUAUUCGACUCCAGACUGUCCUGUUGUAGAGAUGUGGGACAAAUCGCGUAAUUUCUGCUAGAGGAUGGACUCGUUUGACCAGGGUGUAAAUUCAAGCGCAAAAAAGAAGCUUAGCUACAACGACAUGAAACUGUAAGUAGAUAAUAUCCCUCAUACCGACAGGAUUUUAAAAUGGCAUGGGGAAAAGAGCCACAAAUGUUCACUGGCGAUCAGUUGACAUCGUUACUCACUGAAUCGGAGACAUGCGCAGACGUCCUGGAUUUCCUAGUUACCAAAGAGAGACAGCAGACAGAGUUGACCUUGAGUCGGCCAGGACUAGCACCUGAUUACGUAAUACAAAUGGUGUUAGUCCUGCUAAAGGCCUCACAGUGCAAGACGAAUGAAGUAGGCGUCAUAGAUCUCCUCACCAUCCUGGUUGGUUCAAAGUUUUUCAUGUGCGAGCUGGUAGCUACGUCAUCAACGUUUACAUGGCAUACUGAAGGAGAAGACGCUCUCAGAUUUAUUGAUAAUUUAGUUGAAAUACUUCACCAAGUGCAUCAGCUGCUUCCGAACUUGUUCAACAACGCUUUUUCUCUGAUUAUCAUCUUAAAGAAAAAAACAGAAGACAUACUUAUGACAUCUACAGAAGAACAACGACAACGUUUUGUAAAAUUGUCAGAAAAGCUAUCAGAAAUGAGAGACAAUGUCAUGAAGGUAUUAGUGUCUUGUCCUCAAGACGAUCCUCGGUUUCCGUUUGAGAGACAAGCCCCGCCAGACGACUUCCGUAACAUCCCAAUACUACCCAGAGUUGUCGAUAUCUUUUUAAGAUCUCGCGGUUCAUUUCUACGUAAAAAUAAAUCACGUGGUGGCUACGACGACCUGAAUCAUUACUUGGACGUCCAGUUCCGCCUAUUAAGAGAAGACUGCAUCUGUCCCUUACGCGAAGGUAUCACCCAGUACGUGCAAGAGACGAGCACUGGAUGCCAUGUUCGCCAACUUCAGAACGGGAGGCUUUACAGGAAUGUAAUAGUAAAGAAACAUGGCCACUACUUGGAAGAGGAACUAUUCCAAGUUACACUUGAUAGUCAACAUGCCCAGAAAAUUAAUUGGAAGUCUUCCAAAAGACUUUUGCACGGAUCGCUUCUUUGUUUCUCGGCCGACAAUUUCCAUACAAUGGAAUUUGCUGUAGUUGAAAGCCCGGACAGACAAAUGCUCGCUGUAUCAUACAUUUUUCCUGCUAUUUUCCCCACUUUUACCGAAAUUCAACUCAAUACUAAAUAUACAAUGGUUGAAUCUUCUGCUUUCUUCGAAAGUUACCGGCACGUUCUAGAAGGUCUGCAGAGCAUAGAAAAACUCCCGUUAGAACAAUACAUCGUUGAUUGUAAAAACAGCAUGAAUCCACCUAGGUACCUACAAAAUGAUUCGUCAAAAUAUGACUUGGAGCCAAUUGCUUCUGACCGACUCCUGACAACAGCAUUAGAUACUGAAAGGAAAACAGAGAAUAAUCUCCAAGUUAGACUACAUGACCCUAUGAGCCAGUGGCCAACGGCUGAUGUUCUCCACCUCGACCAGUCCCAGUACGUAGCUUACCAUGCUGCCCUAACGCAGGAGUUUGUUCUUAUACAAGGUCCACCAGGCACUGGAAAAACACAUGUUGGCAUCCAGAUUGUAAAAACUCUCCUGCAUAACAAAAACGGAUGGAGUCAGCCUUCCAAAACAGAGGAGGCAGGUUUAUUAACUACUAGACUAUUGGGAAAAAACUCAGAUCAAAAGAAUAACCAAUUGCUUGUAGUUUGUUUCACAAACCAUGCCCUCGAUCAAUUCCUUGAAGGAAUUGUUGGUUGUUUUGAAGGCGAAAACAAGGAGCUCUUGCAAAAUGAAAUAGUGCGAGUAGGCAAUCAAUGUAAAAAUCCAACAAUCGACCCUUUUAGCCUGAAGUAUCACAAAAAAGACCUUCACUGUGACUACACUAAACUUGCAAAGCUGAAAAAGACUGCAACCCAGCUACACACUCAACUGUUAACGAUCUAUUUCAGCUUACGAAACCUGCAAACCACAAUACUGGAAUUCGAGAUACUUAGGCCUGCCAUGUCGCAAAGGCACGCGAAUGCAUUCGUCUGUGAUACACCCCAUGCAUCAUCUCAAAAACUUUACCAGUGGCUACAGGCAGGAAAAGGCCCAUGGAUAAAAAAGGCCAGCCAAGCAUACAAGAAAUCACUUAAAACAACAAAACAACCAAAGCAUGACCACGCCAAUCGACAAACUGCAGUUAAUCAGGAUUUCAUAGACACAGAAGCCGAUAAAGCUGAAGAAGAGAGGCGUAUCGACGACGACGACCUUCAUUUAGCAACCCAUGUGAAGAUUGGGCUUGAUAUCAAGGAGGAAAUUCAAAAUAUCCUGAAACCGAAACAUGAGUAUAUGCCACAAAUAGAUGACGCAUUGAAAUCAUUUUUGAAGCAGGAAGCAGACAUCACAUUGUCGAAAUUGUGUUCUGUGAAUAUGAUGAGAGCAAUGGAAGUCAAAUCACUCCGUGGUAGUCUGAACAAGCUCAAGCUAGAAAGACGAUGGAGGCUGUAUCGUUUCUGGGUUGACACAUACAAGAAAAUGCAACUUGAAAAAAUGCCGCACGUAGAAAAAGAACACUUGCAAAUUAUGAAAGAUUACAAAAAAGAGAAAAAAGAAUCAGAUGCAAGAAUCUUCAAAAAAUCAACAGUCAUUGCCAUGACGACAACAGGUGCCGCACGUUAUCAUGACAUUCUCCAAGAAAUUGGUCCAAAGAUCGUAAUUGUAGAAGAGGCUGCGGAAGUGUUAGAGGCCCACAUUGUCACCGCUCUCAAUCCAAAGUGUGAACACCUCAUUCUGAUAGGGGAUCAUAAACAACUAGAGCCGAAACCUUCAGUCAUGCAACUGGCAAUGAAAUACAACCUGUCUCUUUCAAUGUUUGAACGCAUGUUGAACAAUGGAAUUGAAAACCAUUGUCUACACCGGCAACAUAGAAUGCGACCAGAGAUAUCAACACUUGUUCGGGAUAUAUACCCUGUUUUGGAGGAUAAUGAAAAUGUUCUGGAUUAUGAGCAUAUCAAGGGAGUGAAAAAAGACGUGUUCUUCAUAAAUCACAACCGUCCUGAGGAUUACACAGAUGACAUUAAAAGCUAUUCAAACAGGCACGAGGCACAGUUUAUCUCUGAGCUGUGCAGAUAUUUGCUUAAGCAAGGAUACGAGGGCAAUCAGAUUACAGUGUUAGCUGCCUACACUGGUCAGAUGUUUUCUAUUCGUCAUUGCAUGCCAAAAGAGGAAUUCACGGGCGUCAAAACUGUUGCCAUAGACAACUUUCAGGGAGAGGAAAACGAUAUAAUUCUGCUGUCACUCGUCCGAAGCAAUAAAGAAGGAAAGAUUGGGUUUCUCUCCAGGUCGAACAGGAUAUGUGUCGCUCUCUCCCGAGCUAAGAAAGGACUGUAUGUCAUUGGAAACUUUGACAUGUUUGUUGCGUGCAGUUUACAAUGGUCACAUAUUGUAAACAAAGUCAAACAAGCAGAGCAGUUCGGUGAUCCCCUGCCUCUUUUUUGCCAAAACCGCCCACAUGAAGACGGGGUACAGGUGACAGCAUCUGCAGACUUUGCCAGAGCACCUGAUGGCGGAUGUCAGAUACCGUGUGGAUUCAUACUACCGUGUGGUCAUUCAUGUCGUCUGGCUUGCCAUCCAAUGGACAGACAACAUACCGCAUAUAAAUGCAAGGCAGUAUGUACUGAGACUUGCCCUAAUGGUCAUCCUUGUAAUAAACCAUGUCACCUCGGGAAGUUAUGCAACUGUCAAAAAAUUAUGAAGAAACCUCUUCAUUGCGGGCAUGUCACAACUGUGCGGUGUUGUGAAUUUUCGGAAGUUUGUGUUUGUUCUGUCUUUGUGAAUAAAGUUCUCCCCUGUGGUCACCAAGCUGAAAUGAAGUGCCAUGCGGAUCCAGCUAGGAACUCUUGUGAAGUUUUAGUCACAAAAAUACUCGUGGACUGCGGACACACUGCAAAAUUGCCCUGUUCGAACGUAAACUUCGACUUUAAAUGUCAACAGAAAGUGUCACUUGUUGGUGGGGCAUGUGGACACCGUUAUCAAAUUGCCUGUCACGAAGAUUCAAAAACAUAUCAACGCGAAAACUUAUGUCAGGAACUCGUAACAAAAACAUUCCUGUGCAUGCAUGUUGAGGAAGUGAUGUGUCGUGGUUCUCGGUAUGCUAACUGUAUAAAGCCCUGCACCUUCCAGUGUCAUCAUGGGCACUCUUGCAGCAAACUGUGUCACUUUCAAACUCCCUGUAAGUGUGAAUUUCUAGUUGAGAAGAUAUUGCCGAAAUGUGGUCAUCAAUUGCUGAUAGAAUGCCACUCAGAAGACGACCCGGCGUGGUUGCAAGUACCCUGUGAAGAAAUUGUUUCUAAAGUAAUCCCUCUUUGUGGUCAUUCACAAAACAUGAAAUGCAAAGAAUCCCCUCAGACGCAACAAUGUCAGGAAAUUGUUCCCAAAAAACACCCUCUGUGUGGUCACAUGAUUGCGAUGAUGUGCUCAUUGACCCCCUCACGCUCCAUGCUAUGCAAAACUAUCGUGCACAAGACACUCGUCUGUGGACACAAACAAGAUCAAGAGUGUUCAGCAAGAAACGUUACGUGUACUGUGAAUGUAUUAAAGACCAUUCCAUGUGGCCAUCAACAGCUUGUCCCUUGCAACAAAAUGGACGCCCCAGUAACUUGCAUGAAGAGGAUAACAAAGAAGUUUCAGAAAUGUGGACAUGUAACAGAAAUGUUCUGUUGGGCAUCAGCACUAUAUCUGCAUUGUCUCCAGACGCUUACUUUAACAAAAUGUGGACAUCAAAAGACGGUUUCUUGUGAGGAAAAUAUGCAUGGAGUUGAAAUGGAAAAAGCUGAAAGAUUAUACAAAUGUAAGCUGACAUGUUUUACCGAAGUGACAUUGCAUUUUGCGUGUGGCCAUUCUGAAACGACUCAGUGUCAUUUGUCCGAGACUGUGCGGCAAUGUUCAAAAGGAUGCUGUCCUCACAUCUUAUCAUGUGGACACCACUGUACUGGAAAAGACGACGACUGUUCAAAGAAACUUUUCCACGCAUAUUGCACACAACCAUGCAACAAACUUCUCGUGUGCGGCCAUCAUUGCAAGAGUGCAACAUGCGGAUUGUGUUCCAUUUGCUCCAACGAAUGUGAGAGAUACUGUCCGCAUCGCAAAUGUGAACAUCCGUGCUCACAAGACUGUCCGCCCUGCAAAGAGACGUGCUCUCUACAGUGUCCUCAUCACAACUGUUCUCGCUUAUGUCACGAGGAAUGUAACAGGCCUCCGUGUAAUCUUCGGUGCCCACUUAUGUUGAAAUGUUCGCAUCCGUGCAUGGGUUACUGUGGCGAACCUUGUCCGAGACUCUGCAUUGUAUGUGAGCCUGACAGACGAAAUGAGUUCACUCAGACAUGCAACGAGGACAUACGUCUGGUACGACUUUUAGACUGUGGCCAUGAGCAUGAUGCUUCGUUGUUAGAUAAACUGUUAAAGGAAGAUACCGAAAAUGGUUUCAGUGUUUUGCGAUGUCCAUCUUGCGACAAAGUUAUGCAUUGGCAUCCGAGAUAUAGUCAUCAGCUGAAACAGCAAUGGCAUGCCAUAGACGCUGUCAAAAAGAUUCUGUUAUCAUGUUUAAAAGGCUGUACAAAACAGCAACGAUUCCCAAUGGUAGCAGGGGGAGUCUCAGAUAUCCGAACAUACUUACGGAGGCUGAGUACUUUCUUGUACCUCAACGAAAAUCUCAACACAGACAAAAAUCAUCAUAUUAAAUGGCAGGAAUGGCUAAGGUACACAAUACAAAGUUUGUCGGCGUUUCUGGAUGACCUUCCCAUUGCUACACGAUCCAGUGUGUUUGCUACCUUUAAUGAAAGAUUGCGGAAGUUAACUGCUGUUCAGUUGUUGAUACACAUGUACUCAAAAGGCAAUGAGUCUGAUGACAGUGAUGGAUCGGACGACGAUUCUGAUGAUGAUGCUGCAGAUGGUGAGCAUCAAAACGAUGAUGAUGAUGAUGAUGAUGAUGAUGAUGAUGACGACGACCACGACAUUGCCGACGAUAACGUCCAAAUCGAAGGCGAAAAUGGUGAUAAAAGGAUUAAACAUUCACUUAAAAAACAACACAUGAACCACAAAACCAGCAUUGCAACCGAAGCAAUAACAACAGAACUCCAGACGCAGACGGAAGUGGAGAUUUUUGUUAUAACAAAACAGACAUUCACGCAAAGUGAUCUAUCGAAAUUCCGUGAACUUCUGUUGCCGUUCCUUACGGACUCAUCCGAGGCCAUCCAGUCGCUUGACUGUCCGGAGCUGCGAGGUGUCAGCAUACAUUUGGACGACUGGACACGCUGCAUUAAAGGUCAUGUCCGACCUUCAUCCUAUGCAGGAGAUAAUUGUCUGGGAUGUUCAUCUGGGACCAAAUGGACUGUUGAGAUGCUUCACCUUAUGAAAGAAAUACGCAACCAGAUUGCAUCAAAGAAAGUGAAAGACAAAGAUGGUAACACACGAAGUCGACAAGAGAGUAGACAGCAAUUAGAACAAAGUACCGGGCUGGAGCCAUAUGUAGCUACCUUGGGUGAGUUUACUGCAGGACCAGAUGAACCACAAAGUCAAUUUAUGUCGCAAUUUGGUGAUAAAAGGCGAACAGUGAAAAACAGAUACUUGGGGACAGAAGAUGAUGACCUUUGGGAAACCAAAAAUAAUUUGGGGACAGGAGAUUUCGACCUCAGGGAAACCGAAGGGAACUGGGGGACAGGAGAUGUUGGAACUCGGGUAGCCGACAGAAACUGGCGGACAGGAAAGGUUGAGCCUAGGGCAACCGACAUAAACUGGAGGACAGGAAAAGCUGAGCCUAGGGCAACCGAAAGGAACUGGAGGAAAGGAAAAGCAGAGCCUAGGGCAACCGAAAGAAACUGGAGGACAGGAAAAGCUGAGCCUCGGGUUACCGAAGGAAACUGGCGACCAGGAAAAGCUGAACCUCGGGUUACCGAAGGAAAUUGAAGGUCAUAAAACUUUGAGCCUCGGGCUACCGAAGAAAGUAGAGAAAAUUGAUAGGGGCGGCGAAAAGAAUGACCACGUCGAUGUACCAGAGGAAACGUUUGUUAUUAGGAUUUUUGGCUUUCCAAGAAGUAGUAAACAGGCUAUUUCUGUAUUAGAGAAACAUAGUGUUACAUUCAUUUUUAGUCUUGACAUAAAAUCCUUUAUACGAAAACUUUUAUUUUGUAUAUAUUUUGAAAGCAUAUGCUGUACCUUUAGUAGGUGUUGUUGCUUAUUAUUGGGUAAGUUGUUUUAUUUCAUCUCUACUGAUUUGUAAAAAUAAUAACUUGAAAUUGCCUUUUAUUGUUUUGGUCAUUUUCAACUUCGCUGUAAGAAGUUGUUUCUUCUCAUUUUUAUCAUUAUUAAUACAAAUGGCAAAUAGAGACAUAGCCAAGGAUAUCAUGAGCCAUGCUUUAUCCAGAUUGUGUGUAUGUUGCGAAUUUGUUACUGUAUACCUUGGUUUUUUCAAUAGAUUUGAAAACCAUUUUUGUAAACAAAAAACAGCAUAAAGGGUUAAAGGUUCAUAUCCUUAUGCAAAAGAUUUUCAGUUAGUGAAUUAUUAUUUCACGUUCUACUGUUACACAGUUCUUUAUAUAGGUGGCAUGCCUGUAAUAUUGGUUCAUGUAACCAGUUUGGAAUAUUCAUAUUUUAAUUAUUAAGUUUUACUUGUAUGAAUUUAAUACCCUCCAUUAUACUAUAUAGAAGUAGUACAUUCCCAUGUUUCCUGCAUAAAAUUUAUAAUAUCACUGAUCAGGAACUAUUUGUUUCCUAGUUGAUGUGUUGAAGCCCAUUAUCUUGUAAGUGCUGUAAAUGAGAAUUAUUCGUAAGGCGACUCUUUUACUGAUCGCGGGCGUUUUCAAGUUGGAAAUGGUUCUUUAAUCUUUAUAUUUAUAUAUAUAUUUAUCUUUAAUCUACAUAUAUCUACUCGCAAGUGGAUAUUUUCGUGCUAGCGUACUCCACGAAAAAAUAAACGCGAGUAUUUCCAUAGCACGCAAAUCGCCACUUUAACAGAAUAUUGUAUUUGAAAGAAAAAAAAAAUCAUUUUUUGCUUUACGAUCUUCAAUCAGUUAUUAGUUGCAUGUUAUUUUCUUAUGAUAAUGAAACAACCUUGUUUUGUUUGAUUUUGUUUUCUUAUGUAAUUUAAAUCAAAAUGUUACUUUAUUCAAUUAUUUCAAAUACAGGACAAAUCACAUAAUGGCUAGCACAAACAUAGAAAUUAUAAGUGUUUUAUGGUCAAUCGUUGAUAACUGUCCUUUUAACUGUUUUCUAUUGAAAGUCAAAUUUAUUUUAUGAGCAAGAGAAAAUAUUACGAUCGCGAUUUAUAAUAGCAUUGAUAUUAUUUUAUUGCAAUUAUUGAGGAGGACGUUUAGCUAACAAAAUCGAUUAAAAAGGCGACAGAAAGACGAAACUAGAAAUUUCCAAAUUCAUCAUUCUUCGGUUUAUUUGCAAAGAAAUAUUUUGGAAAAUCUCUGAGAAUCCAUUAUUAGUUCGUUCAGUUACUUUGGUAAAAAUAACAUUAAUUUGACAUGUUUAUUAACACUGACCAUUUGUUUAUAGGCGUUGGUAAACUUUCUACAUA